AUGAUGUCUCGAGAACGGUCCUCGUCAAUUUCAACCUUUUUCAANAAAUUCAAUAAAUUACCUUCGGAAAAAGAAAUCCAACAACGUGUUGCACGUUCUUCAAUUCUACAAAUUAAUUGUGUGGUCAAACUUACUCAACAGAUGCGAACUGAAGACACACGAUAUCUUCAGUUACUUGAACGACUUCGUCAAGGUCAAUGUAGUUAUGAAGAUUAUGAAUUAUUAUUGACGCGCGUUGUGGGACAGCCAACCGUAUCUCUUCGUGAGCCACCAUGGAAUCAAGCUCGAAUGCUUGUAUUUAGAAAUGAAAUACGAACGCAACUGAACCACAGGUCGGCGAUUCAUAAUGCGAUACAAACAGGUUCCAAUCUAAUGGUAUGUGUUGCUCAGGACUUUUGUAAAGGCAAACCUGUGGAGGAGCCGACACUCCUUAAAAAAUUAUUGGAAUUAUCCGAUAGUAAGACUGAACACUUACCGGGUCUGUUACCGUUAGUUCCUGGAAUGCCAGUUAUUAUAACACAAAAUAUUGGUAUUGAACUCGGAUUAAUUAACGGCAUGAAUGGAAUCUUUAGACAGCUAGUUUAUGAUCUUGACUCAGUGUCAACAGAUAGUAUAUCAAAAACGUUUCCAGCGAACACCCAAUAUGUGCACAAGCCAAUAUAUGCAUUGGUCGAAAUAAGCAAGUCAAAAAUUGAAUGCAAUCUUGAAAAACUUCAACCAAAACUUAUCCCAAUACCAAUAAUGGAACAAACCUUCCAGGUGGACAUUUCGGAUAUUCUUCCGAAAGUUAACAGCAAACCAAAAACGAAUCGAAAGGCAAUGUUAUCGAUUAAACGACGCGCGUUACCUCUUGUACCCGCAUAUUCUAUCACAACUCACAAAAGUCAAGGGCAAACUUUAAACAAAGUUGUCAUUGAUCUGAAAUUACCAAAGGACACAGAUGACAUCGCUGCAGUCUAUGUACCAUUAUCAAGAGUGAAGCGUUUGGAUGAUUUAAUUAUUUUACGACACUUUGAUUACAAAGUCUUACUGAUCAAACCCAGCAAAUCUCAAGUUGCCGAGAUGCAAAGACUGGACAAACUCUACGUGGAAACACAGUUGCGUUUUUCAGAAUGGUUUUGA